UUACGAUUGACCUGAGAGCUGCUGAUUGUGAGCUACGUUUGGAUGUACAGUGACUCAAAGCGGACGAGUCGACUCUCUGCCGUUGCUGGAGUUUUGUUUGUCUAACGGAAAUGCUCUUGGGUUUUUCCAGGUUACCUUGAGCAAAGUUUUGCUUGGAUAUCGUGGCCAUUAUGUCUGUAAACUGCCGAGCAGCCAUCCAGGGAACAGGGCAGCUUAGUGAGUUCAGGGGCUAGCUGGCCUGCUGUACCCCCUGUAAAGGGUGGCAGCUGGAGUGGCUGCUGGGAUGCUACGGAAAAGCAGCAGCAGUGGUGGCGGUGGGACCAAGCACACCCAGGGUCUACCACGACACAUUUCCAAGCAUCACACGGGAUCUCUGUCGGCAGGAUCAACCAAGACUUGGGAUAUGGGCCGAAGCUCCAGGAACUCCAAUCCUCUAAGCAGCAUGGGGCUGACAUCUCAUCUGGUGGGGGCACCGGGAGUGGACCCAGAGUAUGUGAUGCAGCUGGUGAACGAUGUCCGGUGGUUCGCUGACGUGUUGCUCAGCCUCAAGGAGGCUUUCCAGUGUAAUGAGAAUCUGGAAGAGCUUCAGGAGGUGGUACAGGAACGUUUGGCAGAGUUACUCCGCGUCCUCAAGGCUGUCAUCGGCAAACACCAGACCCUCAACUCGGUGGACAUCCUGGGAGCAGCUGGAACGGUCAUUGCCAAGGUCAAAGGCGUUAACUUCAGGGAAGUGAACCCAGAAAGCACAAAAGCUAUAUUUGGCGAGAUACACGCAUCCAUUGACACUUUGGCAUUCACAUUCGGCAAUGUAGUUUCUGACUUCCUUAUGGGAGAUGUGGACAGCGGCUCAGGGUUGGGGAUCCCCCAGACCAGAAGAAGCAGGUCUUUUGACAAUCUCUCUGUGGAUCCUGAGGGAUAUGUUUCAGAGAAAAGUGACCUUGUGGGCCCAGAGUUGCAGUUAUCACGGGAGGAAGAAGUUGACCUGACCCUUCAAAAGAAUGACAGCGGGGUGGAGUCUGCCCUACUCUACGCCAAGGCCUGGUCCAAGUAUAUUAAAGACCUUCUGGCUUGGAUGGAGAAACGACUGGCUAUGGACAUCGAGUAUGCCAAAAAUUAUGCCAAAAUGGCAGAGUCUGCCAAGGCACUGGCCAGUCAACAGGACUACAUGCCAUUCAGCGAUAUCUACGUUGCCACAUUCAAGAAUGACAUUGAGUACAGACAGCUGUUUAUUCAAACUGCAAUGGCUCUUCAAACAAAUAAAUUCAUACAGCCUCUUGUGGCCCGUAAGAGCGAACUAGACAAAUUGAGGAAAGACAUCAAGGAGCAGUGGCAGAGGGAGCAAAAGAAAAUGCAAGAAGCAGAUGCAACAUUGCGUAAAGCACGAGCACUGAAGGCCCAGAGGAGAGAGGAGUACCAGAAAGCCCAAUCAUCCACCAACCGCUCCCAGGAGGAGCAGUCUAAUGCUGGUAACAAACAGCUGGAGAAGAAGAGGAGGCUGGAGGAAGAGGCUUUGCAGAAGGCGGAGGAGGCCCAGGACCAGUACCAGAGCUGUUUGGCUGACGCAGGCGUCAGGAAGAUGGAUCUGGCCAACGCCAAAAGCACCAUCCUCACGCAGAUCCGAGAGAUGGUCUUCCAGUGUGACCUCACACUCAAAGCAGUGACAGUGAACUGGUUUCAGAUGCAGCAGGGGCAGGCUGUGUCGCUCCCCACCCACUACCAGGACCUGAGUGAGAGUGCCAAGCUAUACGAACCUGGUGAAUGCUACGCUGAGUUUGUCCGCAACCUUCCCAAAAAUCUGCCUAAAGAGCGUGUGCACUUGGACUCCAUCUCCUCUGACAAUACCAGGUUUAUUUUCAACAAAAGGUCAGUGGGCAGCACUCAUUCUUCCCAUGGCAACCUGUCACAGGCAUCCAUCACCUCCUGUGACCUGCUGAGCGGAGAUGAAGUGGACAGUCCACUACACCGACCUGCGAAGAUCAGUGAGAGGAGGUCCAACAGCAGCGCAGACAUACAAGCUCUGAGAAAUCCGGCCGCGCCGAGAGCCUGGGCCUCCAGCAGUCAGGGUAGCCAGGGAGGGAUGUGCAGUGACUCAGAGAGUGCUGGAGGCAGCAGCGAGUCAAGAUCCAUGGACUCUCCCACUGCCAGUCCAGGUGACUUUAAACGACGGCUGCCGAGGACUCCUUCCACUGGGACCAUGUCUUCUGCUGAUGACCUGGAUGAGAGAGAGCCACCGUCACCCUCAGACAAUGGUCUGGCAGAGAUGGUGACAGAGACGGCCAGUUCUCCUGGUCCAUUCAGAAAUGCUCAGAUGUCUAAAGCUGCUCAAACCCAUAAGCUGAGAAAACUACGAGCUCCAUCUAAGUGCAGAGAGUGUGAUAGUCUGGUGGUUUUCCACGGAGCUGAGUGUGAGGAGUGCUCUCUUGCUUGCCAUAAGAAGUGUCUAGAAACACUUGCUAUCCAGUGUGGCCAUAAAAAGCUUCAAGGCAGACUACACCUGUUCGGUAUCGACUUUGCUCAGGCAUCAAAGAACAGCCCAGAUGGUAUCCCUUUUAUUAUCAAGAAGUGCACCUCUGAGAUUGAGAGUCGUGCUCUCAACAUCAAGGGGAUUUAUCGUGUGAAUGGUGCCAAAUCACGUGUCGAGAAGCUCUGUCAGGCGUUUGAAAAUGGGAAGGACUUAGUUGAGCUGUCUGAUCUCUCACCUCAUGACAUCAGCAAUGUCCUCAAACUUUACCUGAGACAGCUACCAGAGCCACUGAUCCUGUAUCGACACUACAACGAUGUUAUUGGCUUGGCUAAAGAGUGCCAGAGAGUGAUUGUGGAGGAAGCUGAUAAAUCUCACAGCACCCAGGCAGGAGAGAAAUGCAGGCCGAGCGUCCAGCUCAACAGAGUCAUUUUCAAGAUCAGAGACUUUCUCCAGCAGCUGCCUACAGCCAACUACAGGACUCUGCGCUUCCUUAUAGCUCAUCUCAACAGAGUGACCGAGCAGGCAGAGGAGAACAAGAUGACUGCGAGUAACCUGGGCAUUAUCUUUGGCCCCACGCUGAUCAAACCCCGACAGACAGACGCUGAGGUCUCCCUGUCCUCUCUGGUCGACUACCCCUACCAGGCUCUGAUGGUGGAGUUGCUGGUGCGACACUUCCAAACAGUCUUUGACAUGUCGCUUCUUUCUGGCUCCGACAUCACCACAGCCGGACAAGCGUCCCCCAGACUCACACCACAAGAGAAGGUGCAGCGGCUCAGCAGAUACUCCACCUCCCUGAUGGACAUCAAAGAGGGUGCCAAGGUGUACAAAAGAUACUCAUCAGUAAUCCCGUCCUCACACAUCCUGGAUGAGGUUCAGGAGGUGCAGCCAGGAACAGACAGAACCGACAGAGCGGAGGUUUCAGCCCUGGACAGACUCAACGGGAUCCAAACAUCUAGUGGAGGAGAAGUCCAGAGGUCAACUUUAGUGUUUGGCCGUCCCAGCACCACAGUUAUCCCCUCCACCACCACCACCACUGCCGUUGCACCAAAGGUCCAGCUACGCACCCAGCGCAUGAGACAUGUGUCUCGGCCAAUCAGCAUGCCACUGGAACGCCUGCCGACCCCCGCCCAGAUCAGCGAGAGGAAUAACCGCAACACUGCUGCUUUUGCUAAUACGAGCUCUGAGCAGGACCCCGUCUCUGAAACUAUACAGGAGGUACCAGAGACAGAUAAGGCUCGUCAAAGUGGCUCGUCCAGGGUUAGCACCUAUUACAUCACUCCUUUCAUUGACACACAGACGAUGCACAGGAGAACGUGGGACAGGAAGUACAAGCACUAUGAUGUUACACCCAGGACUGCUAUGAUCGUGGCCAACCUGCCAUCUCCCAGCUCUGGAGUACAACCUGUAAAGGCAACAGUGCCCGUCACUGUUAGCCCAGCAGUAACUACUGCCUCUGCUGCCCCUACCACAAGCAGCGUGAGCACCAUAUUCUCCAACAACCCAUACACAGUGUCAGUCAAGCCUGUCUGGACUUCUAAAAGGGAAAAUGACACGGAUAAUUCAGUCAGUGAGUUCAGAAGCUCACCAAACCUUCCGCUAACACUCAGGGCACCAAGAACUCUGCAACCUCCUCCUGGGACUUUCUACAAGCCCCCCACUUCCAUUAACAGCAGAGCUAGGACACUUCCAAACUGGACUACUACCAUUACCACCUUUACAACCACCACCACCACAACCUCCUCAUCGCUCUCCUCCACCAAACCUGCCGAGGUAGCCACGCCGUCCCCUGGCCUUGCAAGCCCCCCACAGACACGGCUCCAGACACAGGACUCCACCGACAGCGCCAUUGACCCCGGGGUCUCGACCUCAGCUACGCUUUCACCCCCGCAGUCUCCUCCCCCGAGCAGCCCCGAAGACCUCAGCCCCAGCGAGACUAAACCCGUCUACCAAAGACUGCGACCUCGGCGUCUGCAGGAGCUUGAACACAGAGAGGCUCAUUUUGUCUGACACCAAAUAAACAAAUUCUAUCUGUAAAUAUUAAUGUAUCUGUGCCAUAGUGUAUACUGGGAAAACAUUUUAUCAUACAAGCUGAGAGUGGGAGAAAAUAUAGGCCUGUGAAAAUAAACCAUGAAAGUGUUAUAAGUACUAAUAUAUUGUGUUGUACAUGUUCAAGUCAGAAAGUGUCUCAAUUCAAAACAAGCAAAUACUGCAAGUAUGAUGCCAACAUUGAAUGAUUUAAAUAACAAACAUAUGAAUUGUCAAUUUUUGUGUCAAAGGAAAUUUGCCGACCACAAAUUGACAUCUUUAUGUAAAGAAGUGUAAGCCUAUCGUUUGUUUUCCUUAUUUGAUUUGUUACGAAAAUUAUAUUUUUAUUGUAAUCACACAAUGCACUUAAUCCAGGUUCAAAUUCUAAUGUUGCCUUUAAAUGUUAAAAUUUGCUUAAUUUUAUAUUUUAUUCCACAAGGAAUGGAUGGAAGUAUUUUAACUUGAGGUUUUUAAGGAGUUCAACAUUUUAAAUGUGUCCAUUGUAGCCUGUGAUUGGUACAUCUUUUCUCAGUAUGUAAACCUUAUGUAUCUGUUUACGUUUUUUUAUAUUCGUUCAUACAUACUGCAUGUUUGUCACAGUCAUUUUGUCUCAUCGCGUUAUUGUGACUAUACAAAGAAAAAAUGACAUGCAACAGUACUUGCUGCAAAUUAAAAAAUGUAGUUAAAACUGUAA